CUUAAACUAACACAAAACAAUGCAGACCAUCAAGUGUGUUGUUGUUGGCGACGGUGCUGUGGGUAAAACCUGCCUACUCAUUUCAUAUACCACCAAUAAAUUCCCCUCGGAAUAUGUACCGACAGUAUUCGAUAAUUAUGCUGUAACGGUUAUGAUCGGUGGCGAACCCUAUACAUUGGGUCUCUUCGAUACAGCUGGCCAAGAAGAUUACGAUCGUUUGCGUCCAUUGUCAUAUCCACAAACAGAUGUAUUUUUGGUGUGUUUCUCAGUCGUUAGUCCUAGUUCAUUUGAAAAUGUCAAAGAAAAGUGGGUACCCGAAAUCCAGCAUCAUGCCCAAAAGACACCCUUCUUGUUGGUGGGAACGCAAAUCGAUUUGCGCGACGAGACCAGUACAUUGGAAAAAUUGGCCAAGAACAAACAAAAACCCAUUGGCAUUGAAAUGGGCGAGAAAUUGGCCAAGGAAUUGAAGGCAGUUAAAUAUGUGGAAUGCUCUGCCUUGACACAGAAAGGUCUUAAAAAUGUUUUCGAUGAGGCAAUUUUGGCUGCAUUGGAACCACCAGAACCCGCCAAGAAAAAGCGAUGCAGAUUCUUAUAAUUUUGUGUAUGUGUAUUAUAAUUUAUGAAACAACAGCAACAAAACAC